UGAUUGCCAUGAUGCCAGACCAAGCCGGUAUUGUGGCAUCAUCUCAUGGACGGCGGGCCGAAAAGGGUGCUUUCCCCCUCUCCCGAGAUAAGACUCAGGAAAGGGCCGAUGAGGAUCAUGGUAGGCAACUCUGUUCGUACCUCAUAUUGCAGUGGAGACCAGCAUCAUUAAUACGAUGGUGUGGUGAGAAUUAAGCAAUAUGACCGCA